UCUUAAUUACUCAUUAAUUUUUAGACAUUAAUCUAAUUUAAUUGUUGAUAUAUUUUGUUCCUAUUAACUCUCUGUUUGUUUAUUGUUCUUCGAACAGAAGAAAUUGUUUGUUCUUUCCUCUUUUUCGCUUUUUUGUUUUGUUGUUUCUCCACGUGUUUGUUUACCCAUUUGGAAAAUGGUUGCAUCCAAAAAGACGAAAUUUGGUAAAAAUCGGCGAAAAGGUUGGAGAAAAGUUAACAUCGAAGAGGUUGAUCAGUACCUUGAUGAUGUUCGACGAAAAGAAAGAAUCGGGCAACCAUUAGAUAAGCCGGAUUUUACUAUUGACAAGAAAGCAAGUGAACAUGUUAUUCCAUCGAAAUUGAGUAAAUUGAAGAAAACGAAGAAACUGUUAACUACUAAAGAUUUGUCGAAAAAUAUUCUUGCCUACAAAUCUCUGAUGCAUGAAUCUGCUGUUCCUCCGAUGGUUGUGUUUCCAAAAACUGAGCCUAAAGCAGUAAAGAUUAAACCUAAAGAAUAUGGUAAACGUAAAAAAAAGAAGCCAGAAAAUUGGAGAGACAAUCGAGUUUAUGAUCUCUGGAAAUCUGAUUCAAAGCCUUCUCACCCUGCGAAAACUAGUAGAUUGAAACGACCCUCAAUUUUACCAGCAAUCGAUGAACCUCACCCGGGAAUGUCUAUUAAUCCAACACUCGAAGAUCAUCAAGAAUUAAUGAAAAAAGCAGUUGAUGUUGAAUUGGCAAAGAUUAAGAAAGAAAAAACUCUCGAUCGGAUACUUGGUAAAAAGCCGAAAAAAACUGAAACUGAAAUGAUGAAAAUUUGGUUAGAGGAAAUGUCAGGAGGAAUUCCUGGUGCUAAAUUUGCACCUCAAGAAAGCGACGAAGAGCAAGUUCAAAAUGAUCCAGAGGAAGAAGGUGGAAUAGGACCAAUAAAGAAAAUUGUUCGAGCUGAAGAUCGAAAGCCAAAAGCAAAGAGACGAAGAGAAAUGUUAGCCAAACAAAGAGAAUUAGAGUCUAAAAAGAAGAAAGAAGAAAAAAGAAGAGCAAGUCAAAUAUUCCAACUUAAAAGAAUUAAGAAAGAUAUCGCCGCUGAUGAAGAAAAGGCCAAAAAACAGCAAGAAAAUUUAAAGAAAAAAUUUGCCGCUGUGGUUACAAGACCAGCGCGUUUGGGUCCCCACAAGUAUGAAGAACCCGAUAUUCCAGUUAACCUUCCAGAGGAAUUGGCAGCUCGUUUACGUUCAGUGCAAACGGAAGGUGAUCUAUUUACCGAUAGAAUUAAAUCUCUUCAAAAGAGAAACCUAAUUGAACCUCGAAAAUUAAUAAUGAAGGUAAAAGGUAAAAACUUCAAAUGGUCAGAGAAACGGGAUUGUCGUGAGCCCGAUAAAUUUGCCCAUGUCGGUAAAAAGUAAACUUGUUUUAUUUUUCUCUUUAUUGGUUUAAUUGUAAAAAUGGAAAAAAAAUUCUCUUUUCUCUUAAUAAUAACAAUAUAUUCGUACAUGUA